AGAAGAAAAGGUUAGGCAUUUGGCUAAUUUAAUUUCUGAAUAUUUUAGGUAGACGCAGAACCGUACAGGCACACGUUCGGGUUACAUCUCCGAUCAGUUACGAUUCACAAGUUGCAAUUUGCAGACCCGCCUUUUCUCUGUCUCUACCCUGCAAUCAAAAUUCGACUCUUCUUCUCCACCAUCGUCCGUCAGGGUUCUCUUAAAUUUUUUUUUUUUUUUUAAAUUCAACUUUUGCAGAAAAUAGAAAAAACAAAGAAGGGGGCAACGAGCUUCCAAUUAGGGUUUCAUGUUCUUCUAUGUAGCUUUAAUGUCUUUUGAUUUUGGAUGGAGAUUACUACCUCUACUCUCACUCUCGCUUUCUCUUCUCAGCCAUUUUUAUUAGCCUUCUCUCUCACUAUCUUCUCUCUUCUAGUAGCCCUUCUCACUAUCCGAUCAAAAUCCUCCAAAUCCCAUACACCUUCUCAUGCCACGUCACCCAACCCUACUAAGACCUGUAAUUGUUGUCAUUCCUGUAACGGGACCCUAGGGAAUUCAGAUUCUUCCUCGUUGGCUACUGUUACUGGGCACCUCAACGGUGGUUCAGCGGCGGUGGAGAUGGUGGCGGCGGUAUCUGACAGGGUGGUCGAGAAGCAGACGGGGGCGUCUAUGAUGGAACAAUUAGUACCUGAGAUUACCACGCACACGCUUAGUUAUUUGGAUUAUCCUAGUCUUUGUAGAUUGUCUAUGACAAAUUCAUUGAUGCGAAAGGCUGCUAAUGAUGAUAAUGCCUGGAAAGCGCUAUAUCACAAGGAUUUUACAAUGGAACAAGAUACUGUGACACCUGUUAAUGGGUGGAAAUCUUACUAUGCGGCUACAAGAGCCGUUGUGAAUGCCAAUACAGAAUUUUAUAAUGUGAUCAAAGAAAGGUCUCUUCCAGCAAUGAGUCAUUUUUGGCUUAAUGCAGACUAUGUGAAGUGUAUUCAUGCAUCUGGGGAACUUUUCACAGGGUAUAAUGCUAUAAUGCAGAGUUGGCAACUUACAUUUGAUUGGGAGCAAUGGCUAGAUUUUGAGGUUCAGGAUGUACGGGCUCGUGUGCUGACGGACAUGGCUUGGGUUACCAUGAAGGCAUAUAUUCACUUGAACACCAGGCCAUUUAGUGUAACAAAUGUCUUUGAGUUCCAUAAUGGUCGGUGGUAUAUGGUUCACCAUCACAGCUCAGUGAUGCUCAUUGAUGGAGAUGUUGGCCAACAGAUUAUUCAUGCAUAAAACGAGAGAAAAAAGAGUUCAUACCAAUGAUAUGUUGCUAGUUGCUAGUUGCAAAAUAGUGAUAUUUAUCAGGAGGAAGUUUCUUGAAUUUUCCUCUAUGAAUUCUUCAUUGGAAAUAUUUAGUGUUUUUCCAACCUCAGUUUUGAUUGUUUAUUGGGUAAAGAGGCGUCUUCGUCGCUCUUCUAUUCUCCCCCAUCCUUUUUCUCAAUUCUUCUGUAUCUUUUUGUUGUAAUUUUUAGUUUGUAUUUCUUUUGGGGUAAAUUCAUUUCCAAACUCCCAGAUUUAUGCAAAAUGGGAACUGCUAAAAGUAUAGCUACUGCGUAAUGUAGCAAGGGCCAAAGGAUGGAGUUGCUUAUUGCUGUGGAUUGACUGCAAAUACUAAACGACUGUAGUAGAACCGGAUAGAUGAAUGAAAAAGGAACAUUCAUGCUUGUAUUCAAACGCCUUGUAUAUUUUAUUCUCCAUUACUAUAUUUCAUCAUUCUCCAUAUCCCCCC